AUGCCGCACCAUCGAUCGCAUCUUAGUAUCCUCGAGGCUUCCGCGGCCCUGUACCCGUCCGCCCCCGUAUUUAAGAUUCCCGUACUCGAUACCGUGGGUGCGGUGUCAACGUGGAGAUCGGUCAGUUAUCUCCAGUUUCGGCGAGAUGUCGAAAGAUUUGCACGCUACUGGAGUCGUAUCCUACAAGCGGACGGAGUACCGCAAAAAUCAGUUGUCGGCCUAUGGCUAGGUGGCAUGACCUACGACGAUGUCCUACAUAUCUACGGCCUCUCGCGCGCCGGCUAUGUUCCACAGUUAUUUAGUCUACGCCUUCCUAAUCCGGACGUCGUCUUCGAACUCCUGCAUAAAGCCAACGCAAAGGCGUUGAUAUACGACUCAUCAUUCGCAUCUGCCAUGCGGGACAGCCCCUUGCCGACACACGUCGCUACCGAUGGUGCCCGAAUCACGGAUUGCUCCCAGCCAUUAUCUGUAUUGUCGGAGCCGUCAAACGGCGACGAUCUCGUCUUCAUUUUCCAUACCAGCGGAUCGACGUCUGGAAGUCCAAAGCUGGUUCCCUGCAACUACACGUGGUUAAAUACCAUCAUCGCGAAGGCACGUCAGGUUAGCCUGCCUGCAGAUCCCCGGAAGCAAGACGUAUCGACAUGGAUGGGAAGCAUGUGCCACAUCGGCCAGACGUUCAUGCUCAUUGGCUCUCUCCAACACGGAUCAUGCACAAUCCAACCCAGUCAAAUCGCCUUUUCCUCCGAUGAACUUGUGGACAUGGUCCUGCGGUGCAAUCUGAAUCGACUACAUCAGUUCGCCACAUUCCUUGGUAUUCACUUGCGCAAUUCCCGCCUCAAUCCCAAGCUUGUCGCAAUACUCCAAAGUAUGGACCAAGUCUUGUAUAGCGGUCUACCACUGCCUCGAGAGGAGGAGCAGUGGGCCAUCAAGAGCGGCUUGCGACUGACGAACCUCUUUGGAAGCACCGAAUGCGGAGCUAUGCUCUUGUCUGUCGGAGGCACUGGCCCUUAUGCCCAGGCCCUUCGACCACUGGAAGGCGUCUCCUAUGGAUUUUUGCCGAUAGCGCCCAAGGCAAAGACCGAGUCCGGUCACCAGUCCGUCAAUGCUGACUUACUGGAGCUCGUCAUCCUCAGCAACUCUGGUGAUUGCCCGGACCGCUCACUGAGACAAUCGGAUGGCCAUUUCCACACCGGCGAUCUGUUUCUUCAAGUUGCGCCGGGAUGCUAUGUAUCAAGAGGGCGCAACGAUGAUUGGAUCAAGAGUGAAAAUAGUCUGCGGUGUGAUACCAAGGCUAUCGAGGACAAUGUCCGCUCUAUGUGUGGGGACCUUAUUUCCGAGUGUAUAGUAGUGGGCAAUGGGCGGCCCUCUCCGGUGCUCUUCAUUGAGCCUGCAUCAGUCGACAUGGACCACACAAAACUCAAGAACCAGAUCCUGAGGAAGACCCGGCAAUUUCAUGCGCGGCGUUACCUCCACGAGCGUAUCACGUCACCCAACUUCAUCGUCGUCGUACCGCCCAAAACCCUGCCUCGUACUGCCACGAAGGGCAACAUUCGACGGAGGGCUGUGGAGGAGCAAUUCAAGGCGCAGCUGGACAGAUUAUAUAGUACCGCCUGAUUUGAUUAAUAUUCUAAUGCUCUGCCUUCGCUUGCGCCCACCUUGUAGCACUAGAUCGCAUCGAGGACAUUCGGCUGUUGUUUUCUUUCCUAACAUUACUCACACAACUGUAUCACUAGCUAUCAGCUGUCCACAUCCGACACCCGCAUCACCUCAUAAUUUAUCUGUUUCAGUAGUGCACUUAUACGUUAUUACUAUUAUAAUAGACCAGUAGAAACACAUUUACACAUACGCAUAGAAUAUCCUUGACAUAAUAAUAUAAUCACGGACUAUCAAUG